GUUCCCAUCUGUGACAUGGGGUUGUGUGUGCCCAGAUCCCAUUGUGACGCUUGGGCCGCGCCCUGAGCAGCAGGCUAUAAAAGGGGGCAAAGGGCCCGGGAUGCCCACUCCAGGAGAGCAGCUCCAUCAGGAGACAGCAUCCUCCUGGUGGACGGCAGUGUCGGAGCGACUGCGAGAUGUCCAUGGACAAGGAGACGAGCACUGAUGAGAGGCACAACAAGCAGAGGUGGCUGAUGUUUGGGAGAAGGGCAAAGAUGUCACACAGUGAGGCACGGGCAGCCCCGCAGGAGGCUGAGGAGCACCGUGACUCCUGUGCUGCCCCUGGUGCGCAGGCGGCAGCAGCAGAGAGCCGGGCAGUGGCCCCGCUCAGCCUCAGGGCCCGCGGCCAGGCCCUGCUGCACUCGCUGUGGCGCGGCUCCCGUGCCAUCCUGAGCAGGGUGGCGGCUGUGUUCCGGAGACACAGGCAGGAGCCAGGGACACAGCAGCACCUGCACCAGGGCAUGGAGGCAGCGAUGGCAGCAGGGGCAGAGAGCCGGGCAGCCGCCCCACACAGCCCCUGCUGCCCCCGCAGCCCCUCCUCUGGCCCGCGGCAAGCUCUCGGUGUGCAGGGGCAUGGGGCAGAGGUGAGGGCAGUCCUGGCAACACCAGAUGGGGAGGAGAAUGCCUGCUCCAGCCUGCAGCACAAGCAAGAAGUGGAAAACCACUCGUGCACAGCCAGAGGCCAAAGCCCUGCACUGCUCACCACAGACCCUCACAGCUGGGCAGAGGCUUCCACUUGUGAUGAAAUUCUGGGUGACCUCCCCCCCAGCCCCUCCCCAAACCAGGUGGAAGCUCGCUGGCUGUGGGCAAUAGAAGCAGCCAGGGUACUCCUGCAAGGGCUGCACAUCGAGGACGGGGACACCUCGGAGGAUGUCCAAACCCACAGCAGUGGGGAUGAGAGCGACAAUGUGCCCUGUCAUGAUGAACCAAAACACAUGGAGCCUGGCAAAGGCACAGGACUCUUAGAGCUUUCUCCCCAAACUGGAGAUCAACCAGCUGCCAAAGAGGAAGACAGGAGCGUGGAAGAGUUACCAGAGGAGAAGUGGAAUGCCAUCACUAUCCACACCAUCUGGGUGAACCCCCUCUACCCACAGCUCCUGGUGGACCCCGAGUCGCCACUGGGAGAAGAGGCAGACGCUGAGCUGCCCAGCACAUCUUGUGCCCUGGCAGCUCCCAGGGACACCCAGCCAGCAGCUGCUGCCCCGGCCACAGCUCCUGAGGACGAGGAGCACCCUGUGCGUGACUCUGCCAGGCCACAACAGAAGGAAAGGGCAGCAGCUUCUGCAGCCUCUGGCCCUCAGGCAGCAGCAGCAGAGAGCCAGGCAGUGGCCCUGCUCAGCCCCGGGGAGCGCGGCCAGGCCCUGCUGCACUCGCUGCGGCGCGGCUCCCGUGCCAUCCUGAGCAGGGUGGCUGCUGUGUUCCAGAGACACAGACAGCAGCCUGGUGUUAUAAAUGUGUUAAUAUUUUGAGGUGCGAUUAAGAGUUAUUGAUAAUUGUAAUGAAGUUGUAGGUUGUUAAUUAGUUGCUGUGAAGUUGUGAAUUGUUUAUGAAUGGGUAUGUGAGAAUCGCUGAUGAAUUGUUGUGGGCAGGUUAUGAAAUAGUGGCUUGUCGAGAUGGAGGUGCUGCAGUGUAAGUGUGUAUCCACUGGGGAAGGGCUGACGGGUAUUUGGUUGGUGGAGCGAAGGGAACUUUCUAGAAAAUUACCUCAUGGGGUGAGCACACCAACUUGAACUGCGAUUAGAUGACGAGCCAACCUAGAAGAACUGAAUAUUCAGAAAUGAUGGGCUCAGAUUGCACCCUCGUAUAACCAACCAGAGACCACAAGAGGAGCCACUCAGAACAAGGAUCGAAAACGCACCAAUCCCCGAGGGGCCAAGAACGUACAGACUGCCCAGGCGCUCGGCACCUGGUCCUCUGCAGAAACUCGAGUCCAAGGGAUCUCCCAGUGUGGACACUGUUUUGUUAUCUAUUUUCUGGUUUGUUGUGAGGGGCUGGGACUUAUCUCGAGUCCCCGCUCUCAGUUUUUAAUUUAAUAAAUGAGUUAACCU